CUCCAUUGGAAGUGACCCCAGGUUCCUAGCUUUUAAGGUACAACACCUUUUUAGUCUCCACUGACUCACCCGGGCCUUAUCUUGCCGUGUGGGCCUCUCGAUCUUCUCUCUAAAAUAGUCAACAGUCCUCAUCCUCUCUUCCUCAUCCCUCCCCUCUGUCCAUUGCACGAUCUCCCUGCCAUCGUCGAGUCAAUUGGCUUAAGCAAGAUGUUUUCCGCCACUUCUGGAGCUUUUCGGGCUGGUGCCCGACGAGUCGCUCCCCGCGUCGCUCGUUCCAAUGUCAAGACUGCCGCUCCGACUGCGCUCCGAUCCAUCAAUCCCAACCGAGCCCUCUCUACUACCAAGGCUCUCGCCUCUUUGCCUGGCCGCGAUAGGACUCGGGAGAUUGUUGCGCAAACCAUCAACAGCAUUGGCAGCAGGAGGGAGGGUGAGCAGUACCUGAAGCUCUUCACCUCGGUUGAGUCCCAGAAGUUUGCUGUUAUCAAGGUUGGCGGGGCCAUUCUUUCCGAAUACUUGGAUGAGCUUUGCCGAAGUCUCGUUUUUCUUUCCGAGAUGAAUCUUUAUCCCAUCAUAGUCCACGGAGCUGGUCCUCAACUCAAUAAUCUUCUCGAGUCAGCUGGUGUUGAGCCCCAGUUCGAAGAAGGUAUCCGAGUUACUGACGCCAAAACCUUGGGUAUUGCUCGCAAGCUUUUCCUUGAAGAGAACUUGAAGCUUAUUAACCGACUGGAUGAGCUCGGUGUUGCGACUCGAUCGAUUAGCGGUGCUUUUAUGGCUGAUUAUCUUGAUAAGGAGAAGUGGCAGUAUGUUGGCAAGAUCACCAAGGUCAACAAAGAUGCUAUUGAGAAGUCCAUUGAGGCUGGCUAUAUCCCUGUCCUUACUUCAAUGGCUGAAUCUGAAGACGGCCAUCUCCUUAACGUCAACGCUGAUGUCGCUGCCGCCGAGCUUGCCCGUGCUCUUGAGCCCCUGAAGGUUGUUUAUCUGUCAGAAAAGGGUGGACUGUAUGAUGGUGAUGGCGAGAAGAUUUCUACUAUCAACUUAGACGCCGAAUUCGACCACUUGAUGGCUCAGCCUUGGUGCCGAUACGGAACGCGACUCAAGAUCAAGGAAAUCAAAGAAUUACUGGACACACUCCCCCGCAGCUCAUCCGUUGCUAUUAUCCACCCCAGCGAUUUGCAAAAGGAGUUGUUCACCGACUCCGGUGCCGGUACCCUCAUUCGUCGAGGAGACAAGAUCCAGCGAGUUUCCUCUGUCAACGAAAUUGGGGAUAUUUCCAAGUUCAAGGAGACUCUGGCCCGCGACCGCCAGGGUCUUGAUGCUGAGGCCACUGUCGAACGUUUUGUCGAUCAUCUUAAGGAGAAGAACUUCAAUGCCUACUACGACGAUGGAAUGCAGUGUCUAGCUGUCGUCCUGCCAGCCAAUGAGGAGCGACCAAUUGCUACACUGGCUACUUUGAAUAUCACCAAGGCUGGAUGGCUCAGCAACGUCGCUGAGAACGUCUUCGCUGCCAUCAAGAAAGAUCACCCUAGCCUGGUCUGGACUGUCAGCGAGGAGGAUGAGAACCUAACUUGGUUCUUCGAGAAGGCUGACGGAACCUUCAACAAGAACGGCAAUGUUCUUUUCUACUAUGGAUGCGACCUCCGAUCUGACGCUCUGGUCCCUGUCUACGAGGAGUUCAAGGCCCACGGCCGUGCUAUGUUCGGCGACAACCUGGAAUCUCGACUUCGAGAUGCUGCCAAGGCCACCAGCGAGACCCUAAACGCCUCUCAGAGCCGAACUUGAUCAAGCUUCCCAAACUACCUAGCUGCUACUCUUGAAUAUCUCACGAUUAAAAUUCCCAAUAUAAUACAAAACAGUUAAGCCUUUCACCUACAGACCCUUAUUGACGUAGGCCUUCUUCCUUAUCGCGUAGCUUACAACAGAAGCGAGAGAGGAACAAAUGAUGUUCACUCUGAGUCAGAAGGGUUGUCAAAGAGGGACAAAGUAUCACACAAAACCAAACUGGCCCACUCCUUGGAUCAGAAGUCUUUGCGGAGACAACUGAAUUGGGUGCUUGCUUUUGAGGGUUGUUUGGAAGCAUCUGAGAACUGCCUGAACUAUCGUUCAUGAAAUAGCUACUACAAACCAACAGUUACAAUCACAGGCUGUGUUCGUCAGUGCCAGAUACCCCCAACUAUCACAUCGGAUACAAACCCGAAGCAGGAGACGUUCUGGGCCGUUUAGGUAACAUGAAGUAAAGUAGCGCACCUAAUGGUGGCCUUUAAGCAUAGCAAUGACAAAGAGAAUGGGCAUCGAGGAUGGUACCAGGUUAGUUGAGUGAUAGAAAGGCCUGCUGUGAUUCUAUCGUCACUCCGUCAGCCACCAGUCCAAGUAAAAGUUCACCAACAAGGAAGAUAUGUGUCUGUCAAAAUGGCCCCCCACAUGCAUCUAUGAGGCUGUACUUAAUUGAGAAUGAAGGCUUCUGGAGAGGGAGGGUGAGCAGGCACAUAUGCAGAAGAUCUCAGACCGGAACCAUGGAAAGGCUUGUAUCUUGUGGAUGCUUUGAGCGAAAGGAAAUGCUGAGGGAGACGUAUCAAUCAGUGACCUUGUGUGAUGGGGUACAUGUCGUGACUUGAUUCUUUGGGUUCUCGAAUUAUCAAGGUAGCAGAUUGUAGGUCGAAAUGCAAAGAGCGAGUACACUUGCAAGCUGGCUGAGGGUGCAGCAUUAUCUGUAUGUUCGAGAACCUCCAAACGAUAGUAUGGAUAACAGUUUAAUUAAAAUAAAACUUCCACUCGUUCUUCAUCGCUGGCUCCAAGCUCAAGAAUCAUCUAGCACUUCA